UGUGUUAUCGGGCACGGGCAAACACAUGUUUGCAAACAAACAUAUGCUUGCCGUAUUUGUCCACAAAAAAAGAAGAGAACAACAUUUACGAAUUUGCGAUCCGCCGGAGCAGCGCGCUUUGGGGCAAGCCAUACCAGAGCCAGAGUGACAGCCCCUCGCACUGGGCACUAUAACAUUAAUAAUAGAGGCUAGAUCUCGUGUCCCGGCUUAAUUGAAAUUUAUUUGUUGUGAUGCUGCCGCCACUGGGGGUUCCAUAGUCGCAUAGCCAGGGUCCAGUCUCCACCAUCUUCCGCCGCCUCCGUCUCCUCCACACACGCUUUCCAAAUCUAAAUUAACCGUAGGCAGAGGCAUUGAGCAUGCUAAUAUUAAUUGGAGGCAAUCAAUGUGCCUGAGACCUCGAAUCGAACGGAACGGAAGCAAGAUCCCCGCGGAAGAAUCACCCACAUCGGAAUCGGAAUUCCACACUCAGGCCAUUUUUGUAUUCAUAUUCCAUGGAGGAGGAACGCAACGAGAAAAAGGUGCUCUGCGAGAAGAUCAUCAGGGACAUCAAUGCGGUGUUCCUCAAGGAUCAGGAUCUCGCCUCGUUCGAGAUCAUACCCAAGGAAACCAACUGCAACAAGUCGCCGGUGGUGCAUGUUGAGCACAAUCUUGGCCUGGAAUCGUGGUGUGCCCAACAUGUCUACGAUCACGCCCACCGCACCCUCAUAUCCCACCGUCGCCAGACGUCGGCUCAACAGCUCCGGACGCUCCAGCAGCAGCAGCAGAGCGACGCCCUGGCCAAAUACCUGAAUGUGGCCCUGCUGAUCAAUCCGGAUGUGACCACCUUCUGGCACAUUCGCCGUCAGUUGGUGCAGAAGAACCGGCUUAGCAUCAACAAGGAGCUGCAGUUCUCCGCCCUCGUGCUCUCCAUCAAACCAAAGUCCAAUGAGGCGUUCGCUUACCGUCGGUGGCUCUACUCCUUUCAAAGUGCCGAUGCCAUUGACUGGCCCAACGAGAUUGGGAUCUGCGAAAGGGCAGCCGACAGGUGCGCCAGCAACUACCACGCCUGGUCGCACCGCCAGUGGAUCCUGCAGAGCGGCCCCUGCCUACUCCAAUCGGAGCUCUUGCGCACGGAGAAGUUCAUGCGCAAGCACAUCAGUGAUUACAGUUGCUACCACUACCGCCAGGUGCUACUGGGUCGCGCUUAUGAGCUCAACUUUGCCCUGCCCAACGAUUCCGGAGCCAGUGGCUCAUUUCCGUUGGCCAGUCUGCAGCAAUUAAUGGCCCACUAUGGCCUGGAAUGCGAACCAAAAGCCGAGGCUUUGUUGAAUCUGCUGCUGCCCCAGGUGGACCUUGGUACCAUAAGCAGCCAGAAGCUGAGAUCAUUCCUCUACUGCUGCAAUGUGGCCGCCAACGAUAUGCGGCUGUGUGCGGAGCAGCGGUUGAUGUACGGCCCGCGGGACUGCUUUGAGCUGCAUCGCCGUGCGGCCCUCAAGUUCAUCGUGGAGCAAUGCGUUCGCCUGCAGGCUGGGCUGGCAAGUGGUCAACCAUCUUCCUCCGUGGCCGACGAUCUGCGUUCGCAUUUGGGCAGCUUUGACUUCAAAGUGCAUCCGUUUUUGAGGGCCGUGCGACGUGAGGAAUCCGCUCUAGGCGGUAAGCACCGCAACUGGUGCAAUCUCCACCUAAGCUUCGGCUAUCCGGCGGAUUAAAUAGCGGGACCUGAAAACCUUGAGAAAAAGCUCAAAUCAAUCUACCCCAAUAGGAUUACUUACUCUCUCUCGCCUCUUCCGUUUCCAUCCGGAGACAUAAAACCUAAUUAAUUCUGUAGAGGAAAAAUUGUCUGGAAAUUCAGGAUUGCUUUCUGGCAGAAUUUGUUAUUUUUAAAUGCCCGUCUUAUUGAAACCUUCGAAAUGAAAUGGGUGUUUGCCGCCAUAGAAAAGGAACAUUUUUUAAAAACGGAUUUGGAAACGGAAAAGGCUCUCUAUCUAUAUACUCUAUAUGUGCGCCCCAAAGACAAGUUCAACUAGCCCGAUAUGACGACGGACCCGAGGGUCCACCAAUUGCAUUUCGAUAGCUGUUAGCGUUAACCGUUUGACUCUGUUCUCGAUGUGAUCUAGCCAGAUUUGUUAGCCUUAUGUUCAGAUGUACGUUAUAACCAAUUACCGCCAUGCCAUACACGUGUUUGUUGUUAGCCAAUUUGCAGUUAGGUUUUCAAUAAAGCCAACCAAUAGAUGA